AAUAAUAUUUAAAUAAAUAGUGAUAACAAAAUUGAAAGAAAUUUAUUUACAAGUUCAACAAUAUUUUCACAAAGAAUAAAACAAACAAAUAUGAAGUUAAUAAGCGAACAUCUAAAACAAGUGGAUAUCUUUGCAUAGCCUUUCACGUUUUCAUUCCCCGACAAUGAAAAAAAAAAGAAAACUAAAGCUGGUGGUAUAUUUUCUUGUUUAGUAUACAUUUUUUUGAUAGGAUAUUUUACCUACUUAUGCUACCUCUACUUUUCUUCAUAGAUUAAUCCUUCAAUCUCUUAAACCACCUAACUGUACGACUAAAAUUUUACUCUAAAUUUAACAAAUAAUAUAUUUGCUUUUUAACUUAACUUACCAAACGGAUAAAGUAUAUAAGAGCUUGAAUAAUCAACUGGCCUAGUUUAUUUAAACGUGAUACCUAGUUACAAUUAUAUUGAUGAAAAUGGUAACUCACAAUAGAUAAUCUUAAAUUUUGUAUAAUGCAGUGACCCAGCUUUAUCAAAAUUUUAUUGCUUAGAUUUCAGUGCUGCAGGGAUAUCUUAAACUGCUAUAAUCAUGCCUUUUGAUCCAAAUAAUAUUGGUAGCUAUUCAAUAAGUUUACUUUUUGUUAUAUGUGAUCCAUAGUUUCUUUAACCAAAUGAGAAAUGUGCAACUUUUUAGUAAAUUAGGUAAUAAGUCUUAAGGCUACAAACUUAAGGCGUUAUGAGAAUGACGACUUCUUAGUAUAACUCUAAAACUAAGUAAUAUGAAACAAGUAUGAAACAAGAAAUAUUUGGGUUUUCGGAUGGUCUGACAUAUAGUAGCUAAAUAAUCCUUGAAUAAAGUAAUACUAAAGUAACUUAGGGAUAUCUUAUAUAAAACGAAUCUCAAGCCAAUCACUUGUCUGGUUACUAAAGGUAGGAUUAAUUUUUAACAAACUAGUUUGUUGAACAAGAGCUAUAAAUCAAAGUAAUAGCACAAAUAUAAAUUUAUAUUGGGUAAAACGGAAUUAAUUAAUAAAUAUAAUUUCCUCCAUUUACUUCAAUAUUAGCAUAGUUUUCUAGUGUGAUGAAUAUAGCAUUAAUAUCUGGAAUCAUUAUUAGCACCUAUACAUAAAAAGAAAUAGUUGAGGACUUAAUGGAUAUUGAACUUAAAACCUAUUUUAAAAAAACUGCAAAUAAUUUAAUUUAAAAAAAACAAUAAUAAAAAUAAAAACAAAAAUAAUAAUAGCUAUAAUAAUAAUAAGAUUAGUAGUCUCUUUCAUAGCGCUUAGUUAAUGCUUACAAAUCUCUUCAGAAAGUAUAAAUAGGAAAAAACAUACAAAAGUAUUUUUAGAUUAGUUUUUUCUAAAGAUUUAAGGUAUUUUUUGUAGACCAUGAAGUAAAAAAAGAUGAUUCAGAUUAACUAAUCAAAUACAAAUAGAUGUAUAAAGAGGCAAUAUAGUAAAUGAGUAUUUUUGAGAUACAAAAGUAGCUUUUGCAAGUAAAAAUGAUGCUAAGAAUUUUAUUCACAGCAGAAUAAUUUGCUGCUAUUUAACUUUGUGGAAAUGAAAUUGAAAAAUCAGAUUAGAAUGAAAAAUUAAAUUUCAUAACAUAAAGUGAUAAAUAAGAUUUUGACUAGAAAGAGCAAGAAAAGAAUAUUAAAAAAAAGUAAGAAAAAUACUAAUUAGAUUCUGAAAUGAAUAAGAAAGGAAAAAAGUCAAUUCUUAAGAUACCAGAGACAUAUUCACCUAACCAAAAUUUUAUUUCUAACAGAAAUACUAUUGAUGUUAAUAACUACAAUUUAGAUUCAUAAAAAAUAGAAAAUGCAAAAGAGUAUGAACUACAAGCUAUCUGUUAAGUAGAUCAAAGUAGAUAAAAUAAUGUAAAUUAAGAAAAAGAAGGAGAAGAAAAUUAUUUACAAUAAAUGUAAUAAAGCAUGAAAAACGCUUAAAAUCACUUAGAAAAAAUUAACCUAAUUGAGAGCAAUAUGGAAUAUUUUUAAAUUUAUUUGGAAAGAUUCCUAGAUAAAAACUAUAUAAAAUCCGAUUUAGAUUACAGAAUUUUAAAUUGUAUGAUUAAUGUAGAUAAAGAAGAAGACAUUGAAAUAAAAUGA